AUGCUAAAGUUUCAAGUGUUUCUACUACUAAGCUGUCUCUACAGCCUUGUAGCUUCCAAAACUCAUACUUUUGAUUGGGAAAUCGGAUAUGUAAAUGCUAACCCUGAUGGCAUGCAUGAACGAAGAAUGAUUGGUAUCAAUAACCAGUGGCCAAAUCCUACAAUCAAAGUGAAACAGCAUGAUAGGGUAAUACUUAAUCUUCGCAAUAGAUUACCUGAUAGGAAUGCGUCCUUGCAUUUCCAUGGUUUAAUGCAAAGGGGUUUCAAUGGAGAAGAUGGACCGGAAAUGGUUACCCAAUGUCCAAUUGGACCUGGAUCGACAAUUACGUAUGAUUUUAAUGUAGGCGAACAAACUGGAACUUAUUGGUACCAUUCACAUAGUGGAACUCAAUAUGGUGAUGGGUUAAGAGGAAUGAUUAUUAUUGAGUAUGCCGAUAAGAUUGAUGAGCCUUAUUCGUAUGAUGAAGAUGUGCCACUUAGUGUUAACGAUCAUUAUCAUUUAGAGUCGCCUGAAAUUAUCAAGCAAUUUUUAUCUAGAUUUAACCCUACUGGUGCUGAGCCAAUACCACAGAAUAGUUUAUUUAACGAAACUAAAAAUGCAACUUGGCAUGUCAAGCCAGACACUACUUACUUGUUAAGAAUUGUCAAUAUGGGUUUGUUUGUAUCGCAAUAUUUGCAUAUAGAAGAUCAUAAGUUUGUCAUUGUUGAGAUUGAUGGAGUGGCAGUUGAACCAUAUGAAGUGGACUCAAUUUAUAUAACUGUUGGACAAAGAUAUGUGGUUCUUGUCAAGACAAAAUCACACAGUGAUCAAAAUUAUCGGUUCAUCAAUGCAUUAGAUGCGGAAAUGUUGGACUUCGUGCCGGCAGAGUUACAAUUGGUGUCAACAAAUUACAUGGUUUAUGAUGAAGCAGCGGAAAAACCAAAACAUUUUCCUUAUUACAAUUUUGAAGAGUUUACUGAUUCCCUCGAGGGAUUCAAUGAUUUUGAUUUGAAGCCAUUAAGUGGGGAGAAAUUACUACCAGACCCUGAUAUCACCAUCCAAGUUAAUUUUUCAAUGGAAGUUUUGGGAGAUGGUGUUACUUACGCUUUAUUUAAUGACAAGAGUUAUGUACCACCAAAAGUACCUAUCUUGUAUACUGUUUUAUCAAGUGGUGAACUCUCCACCAAUACAGAAAUUUACGGAUCAAACACAAAUACUUUUGUCUUGCAAGGUAAUGAAACAGUUGAAUUGAUUUUAAACAAUCAUGAUCCUGGUAAACAUGCAUUCCAUUUACACGGCCACAAUUUCCAAGUCAUUUCACGAAGUCCUGGUACUGAUGACGAAGAGAACCCAGUUAAAUUUGAUCCCAAUAAUGAUACAAUGACUGGUUAUCCUGAAUAUCCCAUGAUUCGUGAUACAGUUGAAGUCAACUCCAACGGAUACUUUGUCUUGCGUUUCAAAGCUGAUAAUCCUGGUGUUUGGUUCUUCCAUUGUCACGUUGAUUGGCAUUUAGAGCAAGGUUUGGCAUUAGUCUUGGUCGAAGCACCAGAAGAAAUCCAAGCCCAUCAAAAACACAUAAGCCAUAAUCAUGUCCAAGUGUGCAGAAAUGUCAGUGUACCAGUCCAAGGUAAUGCGGCUGCUAAUAUGGAUUUCUUGGAUUUAACGGGACAAAAUUUGCAACAACCGCCGUUACCAGAAGGAUUUACUGCCAAGGGAUACAUUGCCAUGGCAUUGUGUACUUUGAUUGCAAUUUAUGGAAUUUGGUCGAUAUACAAAUAUGGAAUUGAAGAUGUAAAUAAAGAUAAUUCUGCUGAAGUUAUUGAACGGUUAUAUAAAAUACUUGAUGAGCACGAUGGUGGGAGGUAG